GAAAUUCCGAACGGAUUCAAGACUUCUUGGACUUGGAGCUCCUGGACCAUGAAUUGAUUCACAGUACUGCGCCUGCUUCCCUAGCCUCAGUGCCGACUUGUGUUUGUCAGUUAGUGAUGAAUGUGGCAUUCAGGUACUUUAGUAAUAAUUGUUUCCUGAAUGUGGACCCCUAGGCCCUGUCCUCUGCUGAAGUAGUUUGUCAGUAAGAGUUUGCAUCUCAUCUUUCGAAGUAGGCUAUCUCACUGUUGCUUUUGGCUUGUCAUCAUACCUGCACGUGGAGUGACACGUGAAGUCAGUGCAGACGCACGUACAGUUGUCAACGAAGCCAAGCUGUGAAACUAAACCUUGGCCCUGGGCAUUCGUACUCCGCUUGCUCCGAUCCGUGGCCAUGCCUCAGCGAAGGCAAAGACGACCUGUACUACCUCUUGAGUCAGAUGAUUCUUCAUCCGAUUCCGGUGCUGAUACUGAUCCGACACUAAGGCAAACGAGAAAACGAUCUCAGAUUCGAUUUGAGCCUGCGAAUCCAAACCGGGGGAUAUUUUCAGAGGCAAGUGAUCUUGUUAGUAGACUCGCCAGCAGGGCAGGUGCCAUUGUAGGAAUUUGUCGUGAGCCAAUGGGUAGUACGGAAAGUGACGACAAGAAUGAUGCAUUCCGUCAUCGUCAAGCUCUGUUGCCAAAGACCCGGCCACCAGAUGCGGCUGGCUUUGGACUGCUGACCAUUCCGCUCUGGUUCUGGAUACCCAGCAGUGCGAAGAUACUGGAGGAGGCCGAGCGGCAGUGCUUCCGAUAUGUCAAGGCACAUGUGAAGAGAGAACUGGUUCGCACCGACACUGGCUUAGUAAUUAGCACGGCAACGAUACGCGGUGGGGACGACGUCCGCAGCGACAUCAAUCACCCUCCUGUCCUGCUGUUGCACGGGUUUGCAGGUGGUGCUGGCAUAUGGUGCAAGAAUGUCGAUGCCAUCGCUGCCAAUCGAGUCGUGUAUGCCAUUGAUAUGGUUGGCUUUGGCCGCAGCUCUCGGCCUGUUUUCGGCGAGGACCCGCAAAGCAUCGAGGACGUGUUUGUAGCAUCUGUGGAGGCCUGGAGGCGGACAAUGUCCAUUGCAUCCUUUAUUCUAGUCGGUCACAGCCUGGGCGGUUACGUCUCAGCGGCAUAUGCACUGAAGCAUCCAUCGCGUGUGGAACAUCUUGUACUGGCAGACAGCUGGGGCAUGCCAGAGCGGCCGGACAACCACAUUGAGCAGCGCGGCAAGCUGCCAGGUUGGAUACAGGCCCUGCGGCCCAUCGUGAACUACUUCAACCCACUGGCGGCACUGCGGGCAGUCGGUCCACUUGGAGCCAUGAUGUUGCGCACGGUGCGUCCUGAUCUUCAGUCAAAGUACAAGGAUAUGUUUGAUGACACCACUAUGACUGACUAUAUCUAUCAUCUGAAUGCACAGCCAGCGCCAAGUGGCGAGGCGGCGAUGAAGAGCCUCUCCAUUCCGUUUGGCUGGGCCAAGCUGCCGAUGCUGCCGCGCCUUAUCCAGCACCUGGACAUGGACGUGCCGAUGACGCUGCUGUAUGGCGAGCGCAGCUGGAUCGACAGCCGCAUCGGCUACAAGCUGCAGGACGCGCGGCCGCACUCGUACGUGGACGUGCGCGUAGUGAGCCGCGCCGGCCACCACGUGUACUCGGACCAGAGCCGGGCGUUCAACGAGAUCAUGGUCGAAGUGUGCACGCGCGUCACCGACCACCUGACGUCGAGUGCCGAAGAUGAAGACGACGGGGAUUAGUUUAAUAACGCGCGUUACCGACCAUCUGACAUUGAGUGCUGAAGAUGAAAAUGACGAGGAUUAGUAACCCCAGCGCCGCACGUUUGACCGGCUAUAUAACCAACCAUCACCCAAUGCUGUAGACAGCAAGCUUUUUCGGCCAAUCAUCAACCAGUCAUCCAAUCAUCGCAGUAUAUAUUAGGUGUAAUAUUUGUCUGCUACCUUUGCUAAAGCUCUCUACACCCGCGCCGCUUCCCUGGGGAAACUGAUCACAUGCAUGUGGGCUCAAGUUUCGAGCUCGCUUCUGCUUUCCUUGUACUAGUUUUUCUUCUGGUCGUUUGUCCCGAGCAGUGUAGCUACUACAUGUAUCAUCACGUCUGCCGGGUGGGUGCAGGCAUUAUGGCAGUGCACACCAGCAGGCAGCAGCACACCAGUACCAUGGGUGGUCGCAGUGCUUGUGCACUGUGUCGUUCGCUCCUCGCCUGCCUGUGCCUGGUGCGUAGCAUGGCUGUAAUACGUCGUUGUCUGUCGAGCAUUUGUUCCUUAUUUUUAUUGUCCUCUGCCGCAGUAGCUACAUUUUGAAUAUAGCCCUUUUUAUUUAUAUUAUUCCAUAGCCCAUGUACACCUCCUGAUUAGUGGGUGCAUGCUCUAAAAAAAAAGGAUUUUGCUUGAAGUUUUCUUCCUUCUAGUGCAGCAGUGAUGUACACCAUGCAUACUCUGUCUAUUUAAAACUGUCUUUGCCGGUGAUGUUUUAGCAUUGGAGGCGUUCGAAUUGUCCUCAACUUUUCAGGAGAUAUGAGAAGAGAUGAGUUGAAGUACAUGUA